AUGGAGGAAGACGGUAGUACACGCGGUUCAGACCAGGGUAAUUCUCAACAAGAUGACCAGCCAACCCAAACCGAGGAGCUUGUACCUAAAAGAGGGGCGACUUCUGUUGCAUGGACGUGGUUUGGAUAUAAGAAGACCGACGUACACCAGACAACAGUUGUUUGUAAAGUUUGCCGGCUCCCAGUGCCAACAACGGAUUCCAACACUACUAAUUUAUUUUAUCACCUGCGCAAGAACCACGAAAAAGAAUACAGAGAGAGUCAACGAGCAAAAACUGCAAAAGCAGCGUCGAGUGAUGGCGUAAGCGCUCAAAACAAACUCCAGACACAGACGCUGCAACAGGCUUUUACGCGUGGCACACCAUAUAGCCAUAGCUCCCGCAGAUGGAAGGAGAUCACUUCUGCUGUUGCCAAGCAUAUCUGCAAAGAUAUGGUUCCAAUCUACACGGUCGAGAAACGCGGGUUUUGUGAGUUGGUGCAAACACUUGAUCCGAGAUACGAAAUGCCCAGCCGAAUACACAUUACUAAAGUUGUGUUACCUGAUUUAUAUGAUGCAUGUCGGGCCAAAGUGGAGGCAGAGAUUCACAAGGGGAUGUUCUACGCUACAACUACAGAUAUGUGGUGGAGCCGAACGACACAUCCAUAUAUGAGCCUGACGGCACACUUUAUUAACCACGAUUGGAACCUCUGCAGCCGCUGUUUACAGACAAGUUAUUUCCCGGAAGACCACACUGGAGAAAUGCUAGCCAAAGGACUCAGAGAAUCUCUUCAAUUGUGGGGACUGCAAGAGGAUCGCCUUGUCUGUGUCACCACUGACAAUGCCACCAACAACAUCCUUGCCCUUCAGCUGAAUGAAAUGACACGCCUACAGUGUUUUGGCCACCGUCUUCAUCUAGCUAUUGAGAGGAGUGUGAAACUAAGGGAGGUGGAACGAGCAGUCGGCGUCUGCAAGAAGAUUGUGGCUGCCUUCUCCAAUUCAUGGAAAAGAAGACGGGAGCUGGCCAAGGCUCAAGCAGAUCAAAAUCCACCCUUGCCGCCUCAUCAGCUAAUCACAGAAACCCCUACGAGGUGGGGCUCUAUGCAAGCAAUGGUUGAAAGGGUGAUCGAGCAGGAGAAAGCUCUCUCACAAGUUCUCCGUGCCGACAAAAAAACACGUCACCUGGUCCCAACUUGGCAGGAUAUGGACGUUCUGGAAUCCAUGAACAAGGCACUGAGUCCUCUCAAGGAGUUUACAGAUGCCUUGUCUGGGGAGCUUUACCCAAGUGUUUCCUACUUGAAACCCAUCCUCCAUCUGUUCAACAACCAGAUACUCAAGCAUCAGGAUGGCGACACUGAGCUCACCACGACUAUAAAAGAGGGCAUACUAAAAUACUUAAAUGAAAAGUAUGAUGACCAGACAACCCAGGACCUGCUUGACAUUGCUUCUCUUGUCGACCCUCGAUUCAAAACAACAUACAUCAAACAAGAGAGGGUGGAUUACAUCAAAACAAGAGCUGCUGCAGAGCUACAGAAGCUGGUGGCUGAACAAACAGAGGCAGUCCCUCUAUCAGCUCCAUCAGUCACUGCCGUAGGUCAGGAUGAGCAAGAGAAGGUUCCUGCUAAGAAGAAAAAGAAGAGUUUGAGCAGCUACUUUAAAACAUCAGCAAAGCCAAGCCAAAUGGCUCCACUUUCAAACAGAGAGUCAAUUGAAAAGGAGCUAAGCCUCUAUCUCCUAAUGGAAGCAGGUUCAGACACAGAACCACUGGAAUGGUGGAAGAGAAAUGAGGUACAUUUUCCCCUAGUGGCCAAGCUUGCGAGGAAAUAUUUAUGUAUCCCUGCCACAAGUUCCCCAUCAGAGCGGGCUUUCAGUGCAAGUGGGAACAUUGUGUCAUGCCAGAGGUCAGCACUGAAACCAGCAAGAGUUGACCAACUUGUAUUCCUCGCACUCAACCUGUAG